AUGACAUUUAGGCUGCCAACUGCUGAUAUUACGGCACUCCCAGAUCACUACUACCUAGAUGUUAGUAAAGAUUUCUCUGUUGAAAGCAGCUAUAACGCUUGGGUCCAAGUGUUAGAUCCUCCAGACUUUGUGACCGAAGCGACAUUUGGAUAUACCAGUGUUAAAUUAAGUGACAAUAGUGUUCUAAUGAACGGUGGAACAGGAUUAAACAAUGGAAAAAGUUACAUGAAAAAUCAAACAGUUAUUUAUCACGCCGAUACAAAUCAAUGGGAAGCUAUUCAAAAUGUGUCUUCUUUCUCUCAAACUUACUACGGAUCAGGUGCUCUUGUACAAAAUAGCAGUGUUGUAUUUUGGGGUGGCGGAGCUGCAAUCGGAUCACUGGUUCAAACAUUUGAUGGUGUGGCCAAGCUUUCACUUGCUCAGCAGAGUUAUAAAUGGAGUAUGGAGGCCAACUCAGUAGCGCCUGGAUAUCCUCGUUACGGACAUACUGCCACGCUGGAUAGAACAGGAAAACUGAUUUAUUACUUUGGCGGCAGAGACAUUGUCCGAGAUCCUAUAUCCGCAGCCUACACUCGUCCCUAUUCAACGUUUUCAAAUAUUUUAGUAUAUAAUACUGAUACAGCUGUUUGGCAAUCAAAAACAGCCUCUAGCACAAUAACACCAUCUGGUAGAAUGUCUCAUACUGCUAACUUGAUUCCUAACACGGACAUCAUAAUUAUUUAUGGAGGAGCCGGACCCGAUAGCAUAGGAAAUCGUAUUCCAAUUACAGAUUAUAUUUAUACUUACAAUAUGGCAACAAACGUAAUUCAGCCUGUAAGUAUUGAAGCAUCUAAUCUGGGCGCAGGAGCAAGAUUUGGGCAUUCUGCCGUUAUCAAGAACAAUUUGCUGUUUAUUAUUUUUGGCAUUGAUACAACAUUACUGGCUACGUCCGAUUUUCAUAUUUUGGAUCUGAAAUCAUUCACUUGGCAGAAGAAUUAUUAUGCUACGGGGAUUGUACCUAGCACGACAAAUUUAACUGAAUCUGGUACUUCCACUAGCAUUCCAUCAACUAAGGCUACGGGAGAUUCUUCUUCAGAGUCUCAGGCUGCCGUAUCCGAAACACAAGGGUUGUCCCACGGCGCAGUUGCUGGCAUUUGCGUUGGGAUAUUUGCUAUAAUUUUUGUAGGAUUAUUUUGGUUGUUUUUGAGACACCGAAAGAGGCAAAAGAAGUUGGCCGAAGAACAGUUCCCGCCUUACUGGGAUGUGACAUCAAUAAACAAAAAUCAAGAGAUUCUUGAAGCGGAAGCCCCCAUCACUUCAACAGGACCUGUUGAUAUCACAAGAUUACCAGGCUUCACUACCUGUCGCACUGGACUUCCGACAAAUAUCACUAACGACAAUGAUGUGAAUCCUCCUCCGUCACAACCUCAAGUACUGUUAUCUUCCAGCACCAUAAAGACACCAGUACAAUCUUCAUCCGUUGAUACAUACAUCACUGAACAUGACACGAAAAAGGUUCUUCCCCCUGAUAUCGACAACGAGCUCGUUACUCCUUCUAUUCCAACGGAGUUUGUCAAACCUGAUACUACUGAAAAGAAAAACUGA